AUGUUUCCUUUGUCCAUGGUGUGGUUCUGUAUUAAGCGUAUGCCUCGCAUCUUCGCAUUAUGCUUUAACAUGAUCGUCAUUUUCCUGACAAUCUUCCUGCUGCUCGGCUGCUACAACGAGUCGAGUCUGUCGACCUUUCUCGUGAGUUAUAGAUUCGAACCAAGCUCUCCGUUUUAUUCGGUAAUCGAGUCGUCGUUCCAGGGCGCCCAUGGACGCUCAAACUCUUCCUUAGACGGCCUGGAGACGGUGAGGGUGAAGUCAGGUUAUAUGGGUGUCUGCUUGCUGGACCUGCCUAAAGGAUAUUCUGAUGGGUCAACCACAGUUUGCUAUCCAAGAAAGAAUCUUUUUAACACGGGCCUUUACAGUGAUCUGUCCAUUGAGCUGUUUAAUCUGCCCACAUCAAACGGAACUUCUCCUUCGCCUUCGCAGAAAAAUGUGCCGAUCAAGUUGAACAUUCUGCAAUUGGGACAGUUGACCUCUGUCGAAAUUAUUCAUCCCUACAUUCUGAUGGCAACGGUCGUUCUCUCAUGUGUCAUGUUCCUGCUAAUCAUUUAUGUGACAUUGCCGAAGGUACCCAAGAAAAGCUUAGUAAAUCGUCUUCUCUUGAUUUGGAGCUCAGCUCUUACUUUACUGUGGGGAUUUGGAACCAUGUGGACCCAUGUAGGUAUCAACGCAAGCGCGGAGAUGGUCUCAGCAGCUAGCAUGGGGAUCAUUCGCUCAAGCAAGGGCAAAAAGGCUGCGGCACUGUCGUGGUGCGCUUUUGCAUUUCUUCUGAUAGACUGCCUCAUCAUUUGGUUAUUGUACUUCAGAGAUCGGAAAAAAUUGAGCGACGAGAUCGACAAAGUCAGAGCAUCCGACUCUUAUCAGAGCUCUAAGUAUCACUCCGAUUCUUCAACCUUAGCUUAA